CUAAUGCAAGUUAGUUCCGAAAAGACGCAUUGAAGCGAGCGUUCUAGUUCUGUGCCAAGCUACCUGGCCAGCCACCUCACCCAGCAAUGGCGACUGUGCAAAUAACUACCGAGAACGGAAAAUGUCUUCCGAAGUGGCCGGAUUCUCGACUGUGCGGAAGCAAAACAGGCAUGCUGUUUCCAUUCUGCCCCUAGUCCUAGCGCAGGCUGAAAAGACCUUCUGGAAAACAACCUCAAACUUCAAAGCCACUACAAGUGUAACCCAUGGUGCAUGGUGGAGUGUUCUCGUCACGCCGACUUGCGGCCAGAUGCGCUUUCUGGUCACGGCCAAACUCCCGGGCCGCGCGGGGAGGAAUGCCGAGUUUAGCGCAUCACUUGUAGAUCAAAUUCAACAGUCGUUACACUGGCCUCCCCACUGUGCAUUUACGUUUGUCGAAGUCCGAUUUCCCGAAAGCAAGAAUUCACCUCGGAGGCAACCCAGGUCGUCAAGAAGGCUAUGCAAUGGGCGAACCGGCGACUAUUUUGCCAACGUUAGGGCAUUGCAGGGGUGGCGGUAAAGUUGUUAUAACUCUGCCGGCCACUGCGGCACCCGCAACCAAGUACCGUGUUUCUUUCCGGAGUGUGUUUGACCGCUCACUUUGCAGCACGGCCAAUGCCAGCGAAGUGAAAAAUGGUCUGCUUGAGUGUAUCCUGCCUGACCAUGGCCGUACUGAUGUGACUGAUGUCACUGUGGUAGACGCGGUUCACACCGACUCGACACAGCAGCACCAGUACAAGGUUUCAACACAGUUUCAGUUCCAAGACAACAUGUCCCUGAAGCUGUGCUAUGCAAUGCCAAUUUCUUGUCCGGACUUCCGCUACUUGCUCGUCAGUUUGCUUACCCUGCCCAUUGAGGAGGUACUACAGAACUACAAUGCUGUAGAUGCCAUGAUGGUAUCGGCUAUGCAGCAACGACCACCGCUCAUCACAUCAAUAGAGGUCAAAUCACUGUUUGAAGGUUGCCGAUUAUGUUACAACAAUGACAAAGCCAAUCUUUUUCACUUUGCUGCUGAGUUUGGCUUGCCUCGUUUUGCCGAGAUCUUAACCACACAGUCAGCGGGCAUCAAGUACAGUCUGAAGGCUGAGCUAUUCCGGAGAACGUCGCACGGAAACACGCCACUGGCUAUGGCCAAGAAGAACCCAUCAUCCUGUGGGAAAGAAGUCAAGGCUGUGCUAGCUGAUGCAAUUGCUGAGUUCAAUGAAAGCAAGCAUGAUAAAGCAGGGAGAUCUGCAAAGAAAGAGAAGAUGCGGGAUCGUGCUCAGAGCACUCCAAGCCGUUUACCAAACUCAGUAAUACCUCAGCAGCCCCCUCUGCCAACUGUAGAUUGUGAGGAGGGUGGUGCUGCGGGACCGGGUGUGGGAGUUCAGAGAGCGAAGUCAAAGCGAAAGUUCUGGGGCAAGAAGGUAUCCAACUCCCAGGUUAAAUCCGAGUGUGUUGGUGCUACACCUGUCCCUGUUCCUGGUGCUGAAAGUCUUCUCUACCACGUGGCUGUUCUGAAUAUCUCCACAGAGAGUGACAGUGACUCAAGCACCAAACAUGUAGACAGGACAACAAUCCAUUACUACUGGAACAACGCCUUGGCAUUUGUACAAGCUACUGCAGACUGUGCCCCCAAAUCAAGGAAAAUGCUACCACUUAAGAUGGGUGAUGUUGCCAUUGUGACAAAGAGAGGUGGCGGUGGUCAGGCCGGAGAUGCCCAUGGCAUGGUGAACAAUGCAGAGAUAGGACAGUUUUCUCUGAGUCACGUGAAACGCAUCAGUAAGGCGGAAGCGCAGACUGCGCUGGGAUACCAUCCAGCAACAAGACAGUCCACUUCACUACCGACACUAGAACCACCUCAAGAGACUUUACCUGCUGCCAGCAACAAGGAUGAUGGUGUGAUUAGUGAGUAUGAAGUCAUGGAGAGGCCAUCAUCAAAAGCAAAUGGCAUCCAGGAGGACACUGUGCGCUGGUAUCGAGUCACUCAUCAGGCGGAAGUCACUCGGGAUUUCGAACAAGACAUGGACCAACAGAUUCACGUUGAUUAUCUGCCAUUGCAGAUGAAGGAUGUGGUGAAUGUGGUCUGUAUGCCAGACCGUGAAGAGUGGGCACUGGUGGAACAUCGUGGACGUGUCGGCAGAGCGCUCUAUGCCACAUUGCGAGCUCUUUCUGACACAGCAGAACCCGUGAGAAUGAAACCUACUUAUAUGGAUGCCAGGCUGGGCAAUGAGGCACUCCAGCCUGGAGAUAUGAUUGCUGUGGGAAUAACAUAUUCCAACCAGUUGAAAAUCUCUGCAGUGCUGUAUGGCAAGGACACAGCUGACAGCAUGACAAUGCAGCCAUCGAGCACAUUGCAAGCUGCAGGAAAACAGCAACACCGACCUGAAGUGAUCUACGACAGUCCAGAGACUGCCGACUGUGUCCGUAAGCAGUUCAAAAAACGCAGCACCCAGCACCACAAUGGUGGGGACGGAGGCGGCGGCAGCAGCUCAGGCUCCACUCAGGAUGGUGAAGUUGAUGGUGAAGUUGGCACUGGGUUUGACUGUGGAUCAGAUACAUCAGUGCAGUCUUCCUCAUCAUCAGUUCUACCUGCUACUCCAAGCAGUAAAGGCACUGCUGAAGGGCAAGGCUCUGGGAAGGGCGGGCACUCUUUAGGUCUAUCAGUAUCACCACCUCAUGCCAGAAGAAAGCAGGGUAAUCCUCACAAUGCCAGACAGCCACAGUCGGACAGCCAGCGCACCUCUUCACAUAGCCGUGGCAGUACUGGUAACAUGGACACUACUGACUCGACCAAUUUGACCGUCAAACCCACAGAUGCUUCAGGUUCUACUCGUCGCAGUGACCCUAAUGUUCACAGUUCGGUGAUGAAAGCUGCCCCGGAGGUUGCCUCAAAGCCUCAGUUCCUCUACCGAACGCAGAGUGUUGACACAGCCCUGGACACUGAUGGGAAUGCCAGCAAGUUUAGCAAAGUAUCAGGAGUUGGCAAGAGUGCAGGGUCUCGCACAUCACCACUGCAAUCUGCUGGUGCCAAAGUGAAGGACACACACGGCACAAAGCACACAGACCACUCGCCUUCCACUACUGAAGCUAAAACACAAAACGACAAGAGUAAAUCUGGCAAGGCCAGCUCAUCUAUUUCGGAGCACAGGCUGUCAUUGAAGUCUGCACCCUCAUCUGCUACAAGUCACGGACAAGCUAAAGCCGUCACCAGCAAGCCUCGUCCAGCCAGCAUAUCUGGGCUAAAAUCCAGCUCUCGUGAUCCACCACCUCUCAGUCCAAAACCAACAUCCAAGAAGGAUACACCUAAAUCAGCCACCUUGCCUGCUGGUUCACAACUACAGCAAGGAACCGCGCCUAGUGCAAGCAAAGUAGUAGUUCCAGGAGCACUUCCUCCAUCCAGCUUUACACGACAAGAAGUUGCACGUCUUGAUCAGCAGCAGUUCCCAAUAAUGAAGGUUGACUUGCCAAUGGCAGCGCUAAGAAAGCGUUAAAAACAAAGUGCGUAUGCUGGAUAUGGCUUCACAGACGCAGGUGCACCUCACGCUACAUAUUUAUUAUGUUGUUCAGAAUGAGGAGUUUCUUGAACAGUAGUGAAUGUCGCCAACCGGUUUCUCUCCUCUCCGAUCAUGCUUUUUUUCUUUUAUGAUGCACACGCUGCAACAAGUCUUCAAUUUUUGGAAUGUUUCCUUUGGCAAACCAUUUUCGACAAAAGGGCAACAGGCAGUUUCUUUUUCUUCAUUGUUCAUUCUAUCCACUACUGAUACAAUCUCUUUGAGAGUACAAAUGCGUGCACUAAACCAAUACAUUCUCAAGCGUCCUGACCUUCGGCCAGGCAUUUUCGACAAAAGGGCAACAGACAGUUUCUUUUUCUUCUUUGUUCAUCCUUUCCACCGCCGAUGCGUUCUUUUUAAGAGUACAAAUGUGUGCACUAAAACAAUAUGUUUUCAACCAUUUUGAUAAGCAUUGUACGAUGAAGAUUGGAUAAAACAACAUUGAAUAUACCGGCAUGGUGAGUUUACAA